AUGCGGCUCAAUCGGAUCAUCGGAAGCAGCAAGGGCGGCGCGGGCGAUGGUCAGGGCGGUAGCCUGACAGUGUACAACAUCGUACCAAUUGAUGCCUACGGCGGCCUCAUCCAGGUUGUCGACCAUUUGCCCUCACUGUUUGACGUGUAUUCGAAGGAUAGGGCUGCUGGAAUUGCUGGACUUCGGGAAUCGUACACGAGUCACACUAAAGACGUGCUGAAGCGCGCCAACCUUGCAACAACGACACCAGCGGAAGAGUGGCCACACAGAAUUUGGGUCGACAUUUACGACUCGCUGACGUCGAGCGUAGCGGCUCCGGCCUAUAUGUUUUACAAUUUCCUGUCAGAGUCCGCGCAGAGCUCGUCGCAUCAUUAUUUGCUUAUGAAAAACAUGGCCCGGUCCAUCGGCAUUACCUCCAUAGCCGGCUACGUCCUGGGGCUGGGCGACCGUCACUUGGCCAACCUCCUGGUCGAUGUGCGCAGCGGGCGGCUGGUGCACAUUGACUUCAACAUGUGCUUCGACAUGGGUGGGAUGAUGCAAAUGCCUGAGCAAGUGCCCUUCCGGAUGACACCCAUUCUGGCCUACCUUUGCGGCUGCCCGCACGACCACGAUGUUGCCAAGCGGCCAUUUGCCUUCAGCAGACUAUUUAAGGGUGCAGCAAUGGCGAUGCUCAAGUUUGCGCGCAUGGACAGAAAUACACUGGUAAAUGCGAUUGUCCAGCGCGCUGCGUUCCAUCCGUUUGCGGACUGG